AAAAUGCACUUAUUAUAAAUAUUAAGUUUAUUUUUGAUUUUCAUUUUUCAUAUAAUAAAUAAAAAGAUUUAUAAUGCAAACCGAAGUAUGUCGAUUAAUAUUUAUAUUAGUUAUAAGUGUGUGUGGCUCGUUGGCUAUACGUUGUUAUCAGUGCUCAUCCGAUCAGGAUCCUAAAGGGGUUGAUAGUUGCGGCGCUUACAAACCUUUUAAUAAAACCGAGCAUAUAGCUAUUGAGUGUAAUACAGACGAAUCGGUCAUGCCAGGAUCAUUUUGCAUGAAGGUUGUGCAACAAGGACCAAGAGGUUUCAUAUGGGAUGGACGUUGGCGCCAAGUUAUACGUCGUUGUGCAUCUGUUGCUGACACCGGGGUAACCGGAGUUUGUAAUUGGGGGGUAUAUGAGAACGGUGUGUACUGGGAAGAAUGUUAUUGUGCUGGCGAUAGUUGUAAUAGCGCUAGAAGUGUAAAUUUCAAUAAAGCAUAUUGGCGUUUAGCUUUAUUAUUAUUGCCAGCCCCAUUUCUUUCAAUAAGAAGAUAAGAGAGGAGAUGAACGCCGUAAAUGUAAUGUAAUAAUCCGUCCUUUUUACAAAUAUUUGUAAUAAUUCAUGUUAAUUUUUUAAGUGUAAAGACAAACCACGUUAUUAAGAAAGCAUUCCCUCAUGUAUUUAUAAUAAUAAUUUUAAUUAUU